UGCUGACGUCGUCCACAUUGCGCAAAGUGUUGAGUGUGCAUGAUUACCAGUUGCGGUCGUUGCUGAUUCUGACCUGUCACAGGGGACGAGGGACGGGGGCACGACGACGAUGUUGCUGUGGCUCUGACGUCAUGGCGGGGCGCUAUAACGAAGCCGACGGACUUCCAUAAAAGUCGGUGCUUCUCAAGCGUCUGCUCCACGAUUGUUCCUGUGGUGUUCUUCUGAAGUGCACCUGUGUAGAGACACAACGAUGCAGACCCAUACACAUAACCUCUCGUCUCUUCUGAUUGCUGUGGGGACUCUGUUGUCCGGACUGCAUGGUGCUAAAUGGGCAUACACUGGUCCCGAUGGGGAGCACCACUGGUCCAAGCACUACCCAUUCUGUGGCGGAACAUUCCAGUCACCCAUAGACAUCCAGACCCAGCUGCUGAGGUUUGACCCCACACUACGUCCAAUCGAGCUCCAGAACUACAACCUCUCAGCCAAUGAGCAGCUGACCCUCGGGAACAAUGGACACUCCAUUCAGCUGUCCCUACCCAGGAGGAUGUAUCUGUCCAGCCUGCCUCACCGUUACACUGCUGCUCAACUCCACUUCCACUGGGGCUCAGAACACCUGCCUGUCGGAUCAGAACACACCGUCAACGGCAGACAGUUUGCUGCCGAGAUGCAUAUGGUGCUCUUCAACUCAGACAAGUACCCCAACAUCUCUGUGGCAGCAGACAAGUCAGACGGCCUGGCUGUACUGGGAGUUCUGAUAGAGGUCGGGGAAUUCAACCCAGCGUUUGCUCAGUUCCUCAAGUACAUCAAUGGUAUUAAAUACAGAGAUCAGAGGGUGCAGGUCCCAGCCUUCAACAUCCGCAGUCUGCUGCCUGUACUCUUGGAUGAAUACUACCGUUAUGAUGGCUCGUUGACCACUCCCCCCUGCUAUCCCAGCGUGCUUUGGACUGUGUUCAAAAACCCUGUCACCAUCUCACUCAAACAGUUUCUGGCCCUAGCAACGGCCAUCUACUCCUCCCACCAACAGGAGUCGGCCCCAGUGGCCAUGAACAGCAACUACAGGAAACCACAGUACACGGACAACAGAGUUGUGCUCUGCUCUUUCCAGGGGGGCAGAGGACUACAGGGUGCUACUCAGACGGUCACCUCUCCGUUCCUGAGGAGGCAGGUCAUCAACCAGCUGUUAGAUGGAGACCUGGCAGACCUGGCAGACCAGGAUGGGCUUAACCAGCUGUUAGAUGGAGAUCUGGCAGACCAGGAUGGGCUCAACCAGCUGUUAGAUGGAGAUCUGGCAGACCAGGAUGGGCUUAACAAGCUGUUGCCAAAGAAGCCCAGAGCACCGGGCAAGAAGUGGAAUGACCUCAAAAACUACCAGAAAGGCUGGACCCAGAGCCAUAUUGGGUCCAAACACUACCAGAACACCGGGUCUCAGACCCAGAACAGCCUCCAGCAGCAGCGGUCGAAGCCCAAUAAGGUGCCAUCCGGGGGGGCAGGAGCUGCCAGAUUAGUCCCAUCUCCCUGGGAGAACCAACAGAACAGGCAACCUGUGUGGAAGUCAGGUCUGAGCGAGGACAUGCUGUGUUACGUCUCCUUGGAGCAGGACGUGUCUCGCCAGCUGAGCAGAGGGAGAUCCCCUACCCAUACAGACACCGAGCUGGUCCAGGCUCUCAGAGAAACUCUGUUCCCAGAGCUCAACCUGCGCAGCUACCUGGGCUGUAAGUCUGACCUGGCUCUGUUCACCAUCAGACAGCUCCUACGGGGAAGAUCAGCCACAGAUGAGGCCCUGGAGCUGGACCAGGCCAUUGUCAAGGCCUUGGGGGGGACAGGGCAGAGGGGCUCCACAGCACAGCAGCAGACCAAAACUCUCUCCAAGCACCAAACAGGCUUCGCUCCUGCCCCUGCUGCCGUGCCUAAGAAACCCAAUCAGCCAAUCCCAUGGCUCCAGCCUAUGGAGUGGGAGGACUAGAGUCCAGCCAGAUGUGUAACCUUUAGAUGACCUUUAGACCCUGAAUCUAUAACGAGUGUAACUACCAUCAGCCUCACCCUCAGCUCAAUCUACAGUCGCGAGUGAAAAUUGACACAACCUUUGUGCUGUCUUCAAAAAAAAUGUUUCCUUAAAAUCUAAAACGGGAUUCCAAGUGAUGUUUUUCACCUAUCGAUCCACACAACCUACUCCACAUUUUUGAAAGUGAAAUAAAAAUGACAGAAAAUGUUCAAAAUGACUAAGAAAUACAAAAUGAGGACGUGUUGAUUGUGUAUGUCUUCCAUAUUUGGUGUGAGACACAUUUGGCAGAAAUCACAGGGUGUGAGACACAUUUGGCAGAAAUCACAGGGUGUGAGACACAUUUGGCAGAAAUCACAGGGUGUGAGACACAUUUGGCAGAAAUCACAGGGUACAUACAUUUGAAUAUGAUUCUACCAACCUUGCACAACUGUUUGGGCAGCAUGUCAAACCUCUAAGAAUAUGUUCACACCCCUUUAGUUUUUCCACAUUUUGUUGUGUUACAGCAUUUAAAAUGUAUUACAUGGAUGUUUUGUUUUACCGAUCUCCACACAAUACCACAUAACGGCAAAAGUGGAAUUUUGUUUGUAAUUAUAAUUUUUGUAUCCCACAUUUUUUUUAAGCUGAAAUGUCUCGAGUCAAUAAGUAUUCAACCCCUUUUGUUAUGGCAAGUCUAAAUUAAGUUCAGGAGUAAAGAUGUGCUUAACAAGUUGCAUAAUGUACAGCAACAACCUGGGGAAUAGUUACAGGGAUAAAUGAGCCGGGGAUAAUUAGGUGACCAUGAUGGUCAGAUUGUGAAUUUAGCCAGGACACCGGAGUUAACACCCCUACUCUUACAAUAAGUGCCAUGGGAUCUGUAGUGACCACAGAGAGUCAGGACACCCCGUUUAACGUCCCAUCCAAAAGACAGCACCCUACACAGGGCAAUCACUUCCCAGGGGAAUUGGGAUAUAUAUCUUUUUUUUAGACCAGAGGAAAGAGUGCCUCCUGCUGGCCCUCCUACACCACAUCCAGCAACAUCUGGUCUCCCAUCCAGGGACUGACCAGGACCAACCCUGCUUAGCUUCAAGAAGCAAGACUGCAGGGUGGUAUGCUGCUAGCAAGAGAUGGGGUCGAAAUUGCUCACUCUGUGUUCAAUAAUAGUGGUUAACAUGAUUCUAUUCUUAUUUUAUUCUUUGCCUUGAUUACAGCUUUACAAUGUUAUUUCAUAGUGUUGAUGUCUUCACUAUUAUUCUACAAUGUAGAAAAUAGUAAAAAUUAAGAAAAACCCUUAAAUGAGUAGGUGUGUCCAAACUUUUGACUGGUACUGUGUAUAUAUUAAGUUAUCAGAACUAUUGCCACCGUCAAUAAGAGAACCCACUCUGCUGGUGUCAGAGGAAGGCCCAAAAUUGUCAAAGACUCCGGUUACCCAAGUCAUAGACUACCGCACAUCAAGCAGUACCAGAGUACCAAGUCUAGGACCAAGAGGCUCCUUAACAGCUUCUGCCCCCAAGUCAUAGCCUGUUCUCUCUGCUACUGCACGGCAAGCGGUACC